CACACACACACACACGCACGCACACGACGCACGCACGCACGCACACACGCACACACACACGCGCGCGCGCACAGGAGAGGAGACGGAGUGGAUGUAAUGGCAGCGCGGUCAUGUGCCGUCUCCUGGAGCGUGAGUCGGCAGUGCUAGGCUAACUCCCGGAGGACCACGGGGACCAUGGGGGAUGGAGAGGGCAAUGCCCUUCUCAAAGCCGUCUUCCAAGGCAAGCUCAGACUCACCCGCCUGCUGAUAGAGGGCGGGGCUUACAUCAACGAGGGCAAUGAGCGCGGGGAAACCCCCAUCUCGGCCGCCUGCAUCGCGAGCUACGACAACCCGCAGACCCGCAACAAGAUGGUGCGCUACCUCCUGGAGAAAGGCGCCGACCCAAACAUAGCGGACAAGAGUGGCCGAACUGCCCUCAUGCACGCUUGCGCCGAGCAGGCGGGCCAGGAGGUGGUGUCGCUGCUCCUGGACAACGGAGCGGACCCUAGUCUGAAGGACUACUCCGGCUCCUCCGCCCUGGUUCACGCCAUCAACAGGGGUGACCGGGACACCCUCCAGGUGCUGCUGGACGCCUGCAAGGCCAAGGGCAAGGAGGUGAUCAUCAUCACCACCGACAUGUCGCCCUCCGGCACCAAGAAGACCAAGCAGUAUCUCAACUCCCCUCCCUCCCCUGCAAUACUUGACAAGGCCUCCCCGACCUGCAUGUCUCCAUCCCAGGUGGAGGUAGGCACCUCCAACUCCCCGGGGACAGAAAAGGAAAAGGAUGACGAAGGGAUGUUCAGCUUUGCACUGGCCUUACCGUCAGUGCCGUCCCCGGCGGACCGCAGGCCUCCUCCCCGCAAGCUGCUGAAGAGGCUGAACUCUGAGCCUUGGGGACUCGUGGCCCCCACGGUACUGGGGGCUCUUGCUCAGGACAAGGUGGACGUUGGACUUAAAGAGGAAGCAGAUGCGACCAGCCUGUUCGCCUCAGAACCAGACAAACCAGAACCGGAUAGACCUCUGUUAUGGCGGAGGCACAGCAUAGAGACCCACGAUCCCUGUUCACCAAAGCUCGCCGAUCGCUCCAGCUCCGAGGACUGGCCGACGCUCCCCAGUUCUUCCUGGGCGGACAAGGUCCAGCAGCACCAGAGUCUGUACCGCAGGAACACCGCCCCCGAGACCCAGGAAAACGCAGCCGCGGCCCCCAAGGCCCUCGUCCACCCCAAGCUGACCCGCAUGGACCACUAUGAGUCCGACAGCCACCUCUGCCCAAAGUCCAUCCCGGGAUCCCCAGACUCAGGAAGAGUGUCCGUGGAGAGGAGGCGCUUCAACGCCUCCCCGUUGUCCCUGCUCGCCUCCUCCUCCAAGGAGUCCCUGGAGAACAUCCCCAACUCGGUGUCCCCGCUCAGCGUGCGCCGGCGGGCCCCGGGGCUGCUGGAGCGGAGGGGGUCAGGGACUCUCCUCCUGGACCACAUCUCCCACACCAGGCCUGGCUUCCUGCCCCCCCUCAACGUCAACCCCCACAGACCCAUCCCAGACAUCAGGGUUCCCCCGUGCGGCGGGAAGAUCCUGGUGCCGGUGGCCCCCGCCUCCCCCAAAAGAGGCCCCGACUUCAAGGUGAAGAAGAAGCUGCUGCGGAGGCACUCCAUGCAGACGGAGCAGAUGAAGCAGCUCUCCACCUUCCAGGAAAUCCUGGCUGAGAAGGUUGUCCAGUCAAACGCUGACUAGGAGGAUCCUCCGGUCAAACGCUGACUCAUUCAAGCAACGCAUGUUUGGUAACUAUAACUCCUAGAGGAGUAAGAGGGAUAACCUGUACAACAGACUUCAUCACGUCAAUCAUUUGAAAAAAAAAAACAUUCAGCCUUGUUUUGUAAGUUGAGCUUUGCUGUCGGUGAGGUCACAUUGAACCUAGAAGAGUUGAGAACGGUUGUGUGACUUAUUUAAUGUUUACAAAUGCACAAUUUGCACCAAUGGCAUUUCCAUUUUUCAGAGUAAAAGAUGUGAAAGGCCAAUUGUGAAAUGUGAAAUGAUAUGAGCCAACAGACUUAGUCCUUCAGCCCGGUAUGCCACUGGUCUAAUCUACCAAAUCAUUUGCGGAAAUAUAUUAACAUAGAUUCAAAUUUACGCAUUGAGGUGUUUACAAGAAGAGUUAUCUUUUGUUUAUUAGUGGAUGAAGUUAUAAUUAUGAUGUAUGAUUCAUUAUGAUUAUGAUGUUGAUUCCAAUAUCGAGUAUUGUCAAUCUAUACGCUGUAAUAAUGUUUUACUGGUCUGUUCACUAAAACUGUCCUUUAUCAACUGACCUCAGUUACACAGAACCUUUAUUCAAAGGAUGCUUCAGAGCUAUGUAACAUCCUGUCUGAUCAGGCAGAGAUUUCUUCAGAAAGUUCUUAGAUAUGUUACAUCCUGUCUGAUCACACAGAGCUAUGUAACAUCCUGUCAGAUCACACAGAGCUAUGUAACAUCCUGUCUGAUCACACAGAGCUAUGUUACAUCCUGUGAGAUCACACAGAGCUAUGUAACAUCCUGUCUGAUCACACAGAGCUAUGUAACAUCCUGUCUGAUCACACAGAGCUAUGUAACAUCCUGUCUGAUCACACAAAGCUAUGUAACAUCCUGCAAAUCAGUCAGCGAUAUGUAACAUCCUGUCUGAUCAGGCAGAGCUAUGUAACGUUGUGUCUGAUCAGACAGAGCUAUGUAACAUCCUGUCGGAUUAGCCAGAGUCGGCCGUCACACACAAUGUGAAAUCUGUCACCAGAGGCAGGUUCAGAUUUCAUGUUCCUGCAAAAUAUUAUAAAUACUUGUUGAUAAAAUGGCGCCGGGUGCAAUAGAAGCCCCUUUUUUUUUUUUAAUGCUACGUAGCGGUUGCCAGUGAAGGAGUCUGUAUUGUUUAGCUUGAAGAGAUGAAUGAAUCCCAAUAACAAUGCUUUGCCAGCUCACAUGGUAGCCCCACCUUCGCAAUGGGUGUAAUGAAGGCCAGCGAAGCUCUGGCUCUAUUAAGAUGCUAACUAAAGGAUGAGGGAGGAUUUAGAUUGAAGACAAACUCGAUUCAUCCCCAGUGUCAUUUGGUAAUUGCAAGUAAACUCAUAAGGCCAUUACUCCUGUAACCUUUGAGAAACCGAUUCCUGGAAUAUGAAGUUACCUGGCAAGGAUUAGUUGUUGGAAGAUAUAUUGAUAUGUUUUGUGUUUUGAUUUAAUUUGUUUGCAUUACUUUACAUAGUAAAUUCCAAAGAAAGACCAUGGACAACGAAUGUUGAUCCCACCAACCCUGAAAGAGAUUGCUGUGAAUUCCUCACAGACUGUAUAAAGUGUACAGAUGAGAUAAACCUCAUAUUUCAUGAAAUACUGUAUGUGCAAUAUAGGCAGUACUGUAACGAUCCAACCAAGUGUCAAGUGUUCUUUACGUUCACGUUUAAACAGUUGAGUUAAAAUGGUUCACAAGUAGAACCUUGAGCUAUGCUGAGAGAUGCACCAACCAUAGAACCCUAGUCUAAUCUGGUUAGUGUACUCUACAGGUAACUUCCCAUCAUCUGGAGGUCCUGUUCUUAAUAUAUUGUUAGUCUACCAUACAAGUAACCAAUCAUCAUCUGGAGGUCCUGUUCUAAGUAUCUAAUUUACUCUGGUAAAAUAUUCAAAGUGUCUGCUAAAUUAGUCUAAUCUACAGGUGACUAGCAUCUGGAGCUCUGGUUGUAAACAUUUGGUUAAUAUUGUCAACUGGUUAAGACCAGUUGACAAUAUCUAGUGAAUAAUAUACUGUACUGGUAACCAACCUAUCAUCUGGAGGUUCGGUUCUAAACACCUAGUCGGUCAAUUAUACAGGUAACCUAUCAUCAUCUGGAAGGACUUGUUCUAAACACCUAGUUAGUCUAUAGAACAGGUAACCAACCUAUCAUCUGGAGGUUCUGCUCUAAACAACUAGUUAGUCUAUUAAUCAGGUAUUCAACCAUCAUCUGAGGGUCCUUCACUAAACACCUAGUUAGUCUAUUCCACAGGUAACUUACCAUAACCUGGGGAUCCUAUUCUAUACAACUAGUCAGUCUACUGUACAGGUAAUCAACGAUCCUCAUCAUGUUGUGUUGUGGACUGCCCUGACCGUUCAGCAACAUCUCCAACUGCUGCGUCCGAAGUGCUGAAGAUUUGACUUUGUGCUGAAUAAACGUCUGUAAAUUACUUGAAUUUUAUGAUGAAUCUAAACAAAACGAAAACAUUUUUUUGUAUGCCUGUUAUGAAGUAGUAAAUUAUAUGUAGGUACUCUAUUUUUUGUCUUUUACCCCAAUUGUAAUUUAAUGUGGAAUAAACGUCCAUGUUCAGAUGUAUCAAA